CUUCUCCCUCUCCUCCGCAUCCCUCACACACAUAUUCCGGGUCCACGGACGACCUAGAAAAAUGUCUUUCGCCGGGAAUCCAUUGGUGAUAUUAGUCGGAGUCUUGAUGCUGCAUUCGGGCUCCGCUCAAAACGAACCAUCCAUUGAUUCAUCGGAACAUAUGAUUCUAACCAUGGGUUCCAGCAGCUCAAUCACCCUUCAGUGCAAUCUCACAGCUUCCCAAAGCAGCCACCGUGAGAGCUUCUGGAUGAAGAAUGGAGAGGAGAUCAUGGACACAAGGGACAAAACCAAAAACACAGAGUACAAGCUUACUAAACCAAAGGCAGAUGAUGCAGGCGAGUAUAUGUGCGUGUACACGUUUGAUUCGGCCCCUCAAGCAAAUGCCACCAUUGAGAUAAAAGCUGGACCAGAAAUCACAACACACAAGCACAGUGAGAAUAAGAAUGAGGGGGAGAGAGCCAUCCUCUUCUGCAAAUCCGUGGGUUAUCCGUAUCCACAGUGGAGCUGGCGGAAAAUUGAUAACGGCGCCAGUAUGGAAAUGAUGGACAACUCCUCUGGCCGCUUCUUCAUCAUCAGUAAGGAUGGCUACACCGAACUGUCCAUCAUCAACCUUGACAUCAACUCUGACCCGGGAGAGUAUGAAUGCAAUGCCACCAACUUCAUCAGCUCCACCUCCAAGAAAUGGAUUCUGCGGGUCAGGAGCCACCUGGCCCCCCUAUGGCCUCUGCUGGGAGUCCUGGCAGAGAUCAUCAUCCUGGUGCUGAUCAUCGUCAUCUAUGAGAAGCGCAAGAAGCCCGAUGAGGUGCCUGAUGAUGACGAACCAGCUGGGCCAAUGAAAACCAAUUCCACCAACAACCACAAAGAUAAAAACCUACGUCAGAGAAAUACAAAUUGAUUUGAUCAUUACAAGAUAAAGACAUUCACAUCAUGACCAUAUGAACGUCACUCACGAACGGUUCAAUGCAUUGGUAAAUAAAUCAAAGAUGGAGGAGGAAACAAAAACAAAUCCGGAUGAAACGAGCACCUGAGGCAUGCCUUAUAAAUCUGGUGUGAGGAAGGAUGUGCGAACAGAACGGAACCUGAUUCAAAACAUUUUCUUGCAUGAUUGUGUUUUUGCGUUUUCUUUAGAUUUAUUCAACUUUUUCUUCAUGUCAGGCAGAAGUAUAAAAAUACUAAUAAUUGCAUGCAAAGAUAUUCUACUGUUUGAUACAGGCAUUUCCAGGCUUUAUUUUUGUGUACUUAUGAAUGACUUCUGUUCAAGCAAGCCUUUAACUUAUCAUUGAAAUGCCACCAUGAUUCUGGUUGGACAGUUCUUUUUGUACAGAUUAUCAUAUCACUGUAUACCAUUGGCUAAGGUGGCAUACGAUUUUAUCAAUCAAUUAAGGGCUUUGCAAAAACGUCCUGCCAUGUUUAAUUUGUACAUGUAUUGUACAUUGAUGUAUGAAAUCACUUGAAAUUAUAAAUAUAUAGUUAUCUGAAUGUUCUUCAUACUGAUGCACUUAUCUCUUCAAAUAUUCAGUGACUUCAUUUUAUACUAAUGUACCUUAUCUGUCUCUGAGUCUACAUGGCUGAUUGCUUUUAAUGUAUGCAUAGUAUACAGCAUGGCUUUUAUUCUAUGCAAUAUCUAUACAUACAGUAGAAUACAUCUUUAUUUUAAACGUUAGCUUUUGGUUGUGUAUAAUUAAGCUUUAGUAUUAUAAGUUAGCAGAGUGCACUGUUCAUGAAAAAGAUGGUUUAAUACAUCACUGCAUGAGCUCCUAACGCAUAUAAAGGGUCUAUUAAGUGCGAAUGUGAAGAGAAAUUAAUAUAAUAUCGAUUAACUUAAGGCAUAUCAUGUCAUUUUUAACUAUUAAAAUAUCCAAAGU